AUGAGCGUUGGUAUUGUAACACGUAUUGAUGAAUCUCAUUUUUAUGUUUGGGCAUUGGGACAUGGAUAUAAAGAAUUUAGAUGUAGAAAGGUUCCAGAAAAGGAGUUUAAGCAUGGCGAACUAAUCCAUUUUACUUUGCCAAAUGAAAAUUCUUUAACUUUGGACGCUACACGAUGUGAAAGGGCAAAUAGACAAUUAAAUGUUUUACCAAGUAAUCGUGUUUGGAAGGCAGAAUGCCUAAUUACUUUUGCUCCAAAAGAGUUUGAUGUACUCAAGAAUAUACAAGAACAAGUUCCGGUAAAACUUUUUUGGUUUAAUUAUUAA